UUCGUUGUCUCCCUUGGUCAGCUUCCGCCCAUACUUUCCACAACCAUGGCACUGUUUCGGCAAGUUUUUAGAAGUACAAACUUACUAAGGCAGUGUAGCAGAGUAGCUGCUGCCCAUCAACAACACAGAGGAUAUGCUGAAAUGGCAUUAACUUUUGCAUGUCCGUCUGAAUUGUACUAUGCCAAUGCCAAUAUACAACAAGUAGAUGUACCAGCUACUAAUCAAAGUUUUGGAAUUCUUGCAAACCAUGUACCAACAAUAGCAGUGCUCCAACCAGGAGUUGUUAUUGUCACUGAGGAAAAUGGAGAGAAAAAGAAAUUCUUUGUGAGUAGUGGUUCAGUAACAGUAAACAAAGACUCAUCAGUACAGGUUCUAGCAGAAGAAGCUCAUCCUAUAGACAGAUUUGAUAGAGACGCUGUUAGAGAUGGAUUACAUAAAGCUCAGGCAGAUUUAGCAGCAGCUUCAACAGAGGUUGGUAAAGCUGAAGCCCAAGUUGCUAUAGACUGUUACACAGCUGUACAGAAAGCAAUGGAAUAAGACAUUUAAAUUCAUUGUUUAUACUGGAGUGCUGUUUAUAGAUUAUUAAAUAUGACCAAUA